GUGACUGCAGGAGCAGGAGUGCAGAGGACAGUCCAACAGGGGUUAAAUAGCCAGGAUGGGAGACCACAACCCUACACAACCUUAGUGGAACUUAAACAGCAUCUAGCGUGUCUCAAAAGAGAACCUCUACUAUCACUGCAGAAUAAUAUUAAGCAGCCAAGAGCUGUACUGCACACAGACGUGAUCAGUCUCAUGCUGCAGGUAGUGGCUGUGAGAUGGAAGCUGGAAAAGUGUACAGUAGCAACACUGUGCUUCAAGCUAGAAAAGUUGUGGAGCAGCUGAGACUGGAGGCCAACCUGGAAAGGAUCAAGAUCUCAGCUGCGGCUGCUCAACUUGUGCAAUACUGUCAGGAACACCGGCGUGGAGAUCCGCUGCUCACAGGCAUCGCUGCCUCAUCCAACCCCUUCAAGGACAAAAAGACUUGUGUGUUACUUUAAGAGCUAUAUGUAUAUACGAAUAAAGACAGUGUUAAGAUUAA